UGGUGUAUUGCACAGCACUGUUGGCACGUCUGGGUUUGCAUGUACCACUUGCAAGGCCGAGCUGCCUGCACAGGACGGUCGGUGGAGUGCAGAGAACCGAGUAGCAUGUCACUGUAGGGAACGAUCCCUCACACCUGCGCAGCGCUCGGCAUCGCCGUGGUCCUGUCCGGAGAGAAGUGUCACAGAGUUCCUGUGGACGGGCUGUGUGGCUUCUUACAGCUCUGAGCUGCCUCCUGCUGGCAGUCAGUAUAUCCCUGGGGGUGCUCUGCUUCAAAAUAUCUAGAGACUACCAUGAAACCAGCUUCAGUCUGGAUCAGAUAACUGCAGAGCACCACAACCUGAGCAAAGCUGUCGCAGACUUGAAUAAGAAAGGGUGCAACAUGUGUCCUGAGAACUGGCUGCUGUUCAAAGACAUGUGUUACUACUUCUCACCUGACAAACUGAGCUGGAAUUCAAGCCGCGCUGCCUGCAUUUCUGCAGGGGGAGACCUGGUGAUUAUACAGAGCUCACAGGAGCAGGCAUUCUUAAAGAAACAGGUUAAUGCGCUCCACUGGAUUGGACUCACUGAUGUGGUAACAGAAGGUGACUGGCGCUGGCUGGACGACACAACUCUAAAUGAAAAUACAACAUCCUGGGGCAAACCGCCUGAUGACUGGAAAUCGGAAAACCUGAGUGGGGAAGAUUGUGCACUUUUAAAUAAAUCUGGCCUUUAUGACGUAUCUUGUAGAAACAAAUACGAACGCAUCUGUGAGAAAGCACCUAUAAUAUGAAAUCGACCGCUUGACAUCAGUUUUCACAGUGCUGUGGCAGCAGAGCGUAAUUGAUUGGGCAUGCAUUCAUCAUUCACACCCUUGGUGAAUCACCUCUGUUGUAGAUAACGAAAAAAAAACUCCCUCAUAAAAGCCAGCCUACAACUCACCCAGCGCACUGCUAACCCGGUAUCUGUAUUGAAAUGUGCUUCAGAUGUCUUCAUUUUCUAGUUCUGAUUUGUGAGUUUACACCUAGUGGUCAAGACCUGCCUUUAAUUUUGUUCUUAACACUUUUUUUUUUUUAUUGAUCAGUCCAGUAUAUAGGUCCCAAGUUUGGAAUGCUGGUCCAGACUAUUUGCAGCGGGUGACGACAUUGAUUAAUCUGACCUAAAUUAUUCAUUACAUUUCAAAGCAAUAAAUGAAAACAACAAAAUGGGUUCGUUUUAAAAUGAUCUAAUUUGCAACUUGAACUAAGAACCCAUUAAUGAAUGAAUGGAGUGUACAUACAAUCAGAUGCUGAUAACGACAAACUUGUACAAUCACCCAAAACAGUUGAAUUCACUUCCUACCUUCAUGUGCUCAUUUACACUGAGGCCUGGAAUCGGCCACGAGUGAGCUUAAAUUCAGUCUUGGGUUUUAUUUUGUGGGUUGUGCAAUAACAAUAAUAAAACUGCAGGUUUUAAUGCC